AUGACUGUUACAUGGAGUUUAUUCACAAUUCUGAGUUUGAUUGCAUACACGGAAACAAAGUGCUCCCCGACCUCAUAUUACAAAAACUGUUGGAUUAAGCGUUUCCCGGGUCUUUUCAUCGAUGUAGACGAGUCCCAAAGAAGAGGUGCACAACUUCUCAAGACGUACCAAGAGGACACAGCGCUGAAAUGCAGCAGAAGUUGUUGCCUCACGCGAAAUUUCUCCUGUAACCUGGCCGUCUUCCACUACAAUACAUCUCGGGAGGAGGUCAACUGCUUUCACCUUCACUGUCCCUCGUUAGAAUGCUGCAUCCUCCGACAAAGGCGCAAUGCCAUUUUGUACAAUGUCACAAAAGGUGUGGAUCCCGACCUCUUGGUGUUUGGCAAGUCCUUCAGUCCUAACGUGCGUCUGUGGCCCCACAUGGCCUCCUCCAGACUGAACGGCUCGGAGCCGGUGGUGGUCUCCGACAAGCGCCAGUUCAACCGCCCCGCAGUGCCUGCCAUCCAGCCCCCUCCCCUCACCCCUGCACCAGUGAAAUGGCCAACAACACAUUCCCCUAAGACCUCCACAAAGCUCCCCCUCACCUCCACAAGUCCAACAAGAUCCACACAGGAGCCAACCACCACCAUGGGCGCCACAUCCCCAGGCAAGAGCAGUGCCCGUGCCACCUCCCCUGGCCAGACCGCCCCUCAACUUUCAAGCUCAACGUCUUCCAAUAGUGCUCCAAUACCUCUGCAUGGGAUGCCUGUUUCCCAAAGAGUAACCUCAUCACGAAAUCCAUUCACCUCACUGCGGCAGACCAAGUCCAGACCACCACACAAUACUCCGGUUUCACAGAGCACACUGACGCCUUUCCAGCAAACCACUUCUGUGUCUCCUCCACACAGAACGCCAGCUUCCCUGCACGCAAGUCAACUACGCCAGCACACAACUCCCACUAUGCCCCACCACCACCACACCACUCCAGAAGCUCCUGGUACCCCCCUCUCCCAAACAACCACCACCCCCAUCCAAAAAUCACCGCUGUUUACUGGGACCAGAAACCUGACCACAGUGGCAGCUCCUGCGAACGUGGAGAGCGGCGGGCAGCUGUACCCCAACGAUACAAAGGGCUAUGUCAGCCGGAACCACACGGCCGGAACCCCCGAGGUUCCGCAACCCGAGGACUUGUCUCCCAUGUGGUACCUGGCCGCCAACACCCUGCUGGUAGCCGUGGCGACGUGCUCGGCCGUGCUGGUGGGGUGCUGCUGCGGCGUGGUGGUGGCCGUCAGCUGGCGGGGGCGCAGGAGGAAGAAGGGGCGCUACAGGACGGCCGGGAGGGGCAAGAGGCGCUCCAUGAGACUCGUCAAGUACGUCAUAGUCAGGGAGAGCCUGUGA